GGGCAGGGCUGCUUCCUGGUCUGAGCCAGCCCAGAAGGUGCCUGCCUGGUGUGAGGCAGCCAGCAGCAAGAGGUCUGGUCUCACCUCCCCUGGAACCAGGCACCUGCCCACCUGGGAAAGAGGCUCCCACCUCCCAGGACACUUGCAGGCAGGUUGGAACAUGCCUUGGGCGCACGAUGGACCCAAGGCUAAGGCCAAGGCCGAGACAGGAAUUGGAGGGAAGGGAGAAAGAACUGCUGCUGGCAGCACUGCUUCACUGCUCAUGAAGAUUCCCCCAGAACUUGAACUCCAGUCCUUGCGCAUGGGGCAUUCCCUCCACGGCUCCAAUCGACAACCAGGGCGUGGCUAUGAGCAUGCCAAGGCCAGACCCACGCAGCUGGGCAUCACAGCACCCCUGGGUGCUUUCCAGCUCCAGCAGAUAGAGUUCCUCAAGGGACGGCUCCCCGGAGCACCACUGACCCAGACGCAGACACCACCACUGCUGCCCUGCGCCCCUGCUUUCUUGCCACCCUUCUUUCCUAGAUACCCACCAUCAUUCCUCCCGGGGCAUCCACCAGGGCCUCCAGGACCACCUGCCAGAGACUGGCCUCUGGAAAUCUGGAGUGUCCCCAGGGACAUACCUCCCCAAAUCCAGGAGCCCCCAAGAGGGUCCCAUCCUACCCUCCAAUGGGGCCAACCAUGGAGCAGUGUUGACAGGCUCUCCUCCCGCUUCCAGGAGCUGAAGAUCAGCCAGGACCCUGAGCAGAAGAUCCUCCAGUUCUUAGGGGAGCUUGGGGAGGGACAGGUCACCACAGCACUUGAACUGUCCCAGAAGCUCAGGACCCCAAAGAGGGAAGUCAACUACAUUCUUUACUCCCUGUGGAAGAAGGGCAAGGUAGAACAGAAGGUGGGGACCCCACCUUUGUGGAGAAGCUCAGCCGUCUUGCCUCAGGCUCAGAUCCCAGAGAGCUGUAGCCAAGGAGCACCUCACUCAGACCUCAGCUGUGAACCUGAAGACAGAAGCCCCACGCCAGACUCAGAGAAGCCCCUGGAGCCCUCCGACAUGGCUGAGAUCAAGGAGAAGAUCUGUGACUACCUGUUCAAUGCCUCCAAUGCUUCUGCCCUGAACUUGGCGAAGAGCAUAGGGUUGUCCAAGGCCCGGGAUGUGAGCACAGUGCUCAUUGACCUGGAGAGGCAGGGGGACGUGCGCAGACAGGGGACCACACCCCCCAUCUGGUAUCUGACAGACAAGAAGCGAGAGCGGAUCCAGGUUAAGAGAAGUUCUGGCCAGGCCCAGGAGGCAGCUCCAGCCACUGCCUGCCAGCCCAUGGGCAGUGCAGAGCCCCCUGCCUGGGAUACACCUACGGGGGGCACCUUCAGCACCAAAGUGACCACGAUCAAAGUAGAGAACGGGCAGGAGCCUGCUGGAAAGGUGGAGAGCAGGCCAGAGGCCCGGCCUGAGCUUAAAUGGCCAAGGCCAUCCAUUUCCAACAAUGGCCCCUCCAGAGCCGGCUUCUUGGACUUUGAUAAUGGCCAGUGGGCCUCAGAUGACAUCCCCGAUGACCUGAACAGCAUCCGCACAGCCCCAGGUGAGUUCCGAGCCAUCAUGGAGAUGCCCUCCUUCUACAGCCAGGUCGCGCCACGGUGCUCAUCCUACAAGAAACUCACAGACUGCCAGGCGAAGAACCCCGUCAGCGGGCUCUUAGAGUACGCUCAGUUCUCUAGUCAGACCUGUGACUUCAACAUGAUAGAGCAGAGUGGACCACCCCAUGAGCCUCGAUUUAAAUUCCAAGUUGUCAUCAGUGGCCGAGAGUUUCCCCCAGCUGAAGCUGGCAGCAAGAAAGUGGCCAAACAGGAUGCAGCUCUGAAAGCCAUGACAAUUCUGCUUGCGGAGGCGAAGGCUAAGGACAGUGGAAGACCAGAAGAGCUCUACGUCUAUUCUGCAGAGAAAGAGGCAGAGACGGCAGAGUCCCUGCCCAGCGCCUCUUCAACAACAUCCUUGUUCUCUGGGAAGAGUCCUGUCACUACACUGCUUGAGUGUGUCCACAAGCUGGGGAGCUCCUGUGAAUUCCGCCUCCUAUCAAGAGAAGGCCCUGCCCAUGACCCCAAAUUCCAGUACUGUGUUGCAGUGGGAUCCCAAACUUUCCCCACUGCGAGUGCCGCCAGCAAGAAAGUGGCCAAGCAGAUGGCAGCAGAGGAGGCCAUGAAAGCUCUGCAGGAGGAGGCCGCCAACUCAGCCCUGCCAGAAGACCAGCCAGGAAGCAGCAGCUCUGAAUCCUUUGAUAACUUGGAAUCUGUGAUGCCCAACAAGGUCCGAAGGAUUGGCGAGCUGGUCAGAUACCUGAACACCAAUCCAGUGGGUGGCCUGUUUGAAUACGCCCGCUCCCACGGCUUCGCGGCCGAGUUCAAGUUGGUAGACCAGUCCGGACCUCCACAUGAGCCCAAGUUUGUUUACCAGGCGAAGGUUGGGGGUCGCUGGUUCCCUGCAGUCUGUGCACACAGCAAGAAGCAAGGCAAACAGGAGGCAGCAGACGCGGCUCUGCGCGUCCUGAUUGGGGAGCAGGAGAAGGCUGAGCGCCUAGGUUUCACAGAGGUAACCCCAGUGACAGGGGCCAGUCUCAGAAGAACUAUGCUCCUCCUCUCGAGGUCCCCAGACGCACAGCCAAAGACACUCCCUCUCACAGGCAGCACCUUUCAUGACCAAAUAGCCAUGUUGAGCCACCGCUGCUUCAACACGCUCACCAACAGCUUCCAGCCUUCCCUGCUCGGCCGCAAGAUCCUGGCAGCCAUCAUCAUGAAGAAAGAUGUCGAGGAUCUGGGCGUGGUGGUUAGCCUGGGGACAGGGAACCGUUGUGUGAAAGGAGACUCUCUGAGCCUGAAGGGAGAAACCGUCAAUGACUGCCAUGCAGAGAUCAUCUCCCGGAGAGGCUUCAUCAGGUUUCUCUACAGUGAGCUGAUGAAGUACAACCACCACACGGCCAAGGACAGCAUAUUUGAGCUAGCCAAGGGAGGAGAGAAGCUCCAGAUCAAGAAGACCGUGUCUUUCCAUCUCUAUAUCAGCACGGCCCCGUGUGGGGACGGUGCCCUCUUUGACAAGUCCUGCAGUGACCGGGCCAUGGAGAACUCAGACUCACGCCACUACCCGGUCUUUGAGAAUCCCAAACAAGGCAAGCUCCGCACCAAAGUGGAGAAUGGAGAGGGUACAAUCCCAGUAGAGUCCAGCGACAUUGUGCCCACAUGGGAUGGCAUCCGGCUGGGGGAGAGGCUCCGCACCAUGUCCUGCAGUGACAAGAUCCUGCGUUGGAACGUGCUAGGCCUGCAGGGGGCACUGCUCACCCAUUUCCUGCAGCCAGUGUACCUCAAAUCUGUCACACUUGGUUACCUUUUCAGCCAAGGGCAUCUGACUCGAGCCAUUUGCUGUCGUAUGACAAGAGAUGGAAAUUCCUUUCAGGAUGGCCUGCGAUAUCCCUUCACUGUCAACCACCCCAAGGUGGGCCGUGUCAGCGUGUAUGAUUCCAAGAGGCAAUCCGGGAAGACCAAGGAGACAAGCCUCAACUGGUGUCUGAAUGAUGGCUAUGACCUGGAGAUCCUAGAUGGAACUAGAGGCACCGUGGAUGGGCCAGGGAAUGAAUUGUCCCGAGUCUCCAAAAAGAACAUUUUUCUUCUGUUUAAGAAGCUGUGCUCCUUCCGGUCCCGCAGGGACCUGCUUAAACUCUCCUAUGGGGAGGCCAAGAAGGCCGCCCGCGACUACGAGAUAGCCAAGAACUACUUCAAAAAGAGCCUGAGGGACAUGGGCUAUGGGAACUGGAUCAGCAAGCCCCAGGAGGAAAAGAACUUCUACCUCUGUCCAGUAUAGUGCAGGGUGUGUCCUUCUGAGAUGACAGAACACUGGGAGUGCUGGGGACAUGGCUAGAAGACAAGGCCUGUCCAGGAUCCCAGGACUGGGGACAUGCUGUCAUCCCCACACCCAUGGCUGCUGCUUCCUGCUUCCUCCUGCUGGAGAACUCACCCCUGCCCCCCUUCAACACACCGCCCUCUAGUCUCACUUGGGCAUUAAAGUCUUUAACCAGGAGCUAGACCCACCCCACCCUAACACCAGAGCCCCUUGCCUGCCCCAAGGUCUGGUCCAGUAUACACCCUUCCCAGCCGCCAGGGUGAUGGAGACAGAAUCCCUACGCGGUGUUCUUGUCCCUUCUGUCCAGUCUUGGUUUCUAACAAGCAGUGCACCACCACCACCACCCCUUAUUUUUUCCUCAGUAAUUUCCGUAGUUUGUCUGCACUGUGGCUGUGGUAUACUCAGUCAUCUCUUGUAAAACACUGUUGCUGCUUGAAGCUGUUUCCUUUUGUUGGCUGGGGGUCCUGACUCCAAGCACAGGUUGGGGGGGGCAAGCAUAACCUUAGGGGGUGGCAGCUGCAAUCAGCUCCAUGAUUCCACUUCUGUGUGUCCCCAAGACAGCAACUAAUUACACAUUCCUCAUAAAUAAAAGACCAAGAAUUCA